AUGUCGACUGUUGCUCUCAACUUUGUUGGAGGUAUACCUUUCCAACUACUGUAUGAUGGCAUUAAGAUAGCCACUCGCAGGACUAGCAAGUUUAGAAGCAACCUCAUAAGCCUCCAGUUCACACUUGACUGUUUACAAUCACGGAUUAUUGAACAGAUAGGAGAUAAUAACGUUGAACUGAAUCUCCCCAACAACAUAAUAGAAGGUAUUCAAACAAAAAUGAAUGAGGGUGUAGUACUAGUGGCCAUGUUAUCGGAGCUUAGAGCGUGGAACAUCCGCAUCUGGGGCAAUUGCUACAACUGCAUAGGGCCUAAUUGCGCGGAUCAACUUGAUGAAUUGGAUAGGUCUCUUAGAAGCCUGUUAGAUCAAUUAGAGUUAGAGCAAAGGAGGAAUGUGACCCGGCUCAUGAUUUUGGCAAUAAACGCCAGAGAUAAACAAGAUGAGUUGGAAAAAAGACAGUUGGAUAUUCUGAAAGGGCAGCAACAAAUACUUGGUAUGUUGAUGGAACAGCAUCACGCGAUAGGGAAAAUUGUAUCAAGUAGUGUGCAGGUUGCAUCGUCAACCGGAGGAGGAGGAGGGACUGCUCCUGCUCUAGGACUAGUAUUCCGGCUGCUUUUUGAUGCUGUUACGCAAGUGAGGGUUAAGAAUGAGAUGGUUAAACGUCUCCUUAGAAGAUUCAAAUCGACACUAAAUUACUUACAGCCACUGAUAGAAGAGGUAGCCAAAUCUAAGAGAGUAUUGCAUCUUUCGGAGCAAGAAGUAGAAAUGUUUAUUUCAGAAGUAGAGAAUGGAGUAGAGCUCAUUCACAAAUGCUCUGAAGUUAGCAAGCGGGUCAACUACAAAAAGUACAAAUACACUAAUAAAAUUCUAGAUUUGGAUAAAUCUCUUCAAAGGCUCUUCUUUGAAUUGAAAGGGCAGGUGGAAAGAAAUCUGAAAGAGGCCAUGGAGUCAGCAAAUACAAUAGAGGCUGUGAUCAAGAAAAUUGAAGGGGGUGCUGACCAACAAAAGAGUGAACUUAAAAGUGAAAGUCAGAGUUCAGUACCUCAACCUGGAUCAUUUGCAAUUGGAUUGGACAUACUCAAUGAGCAGGGACAUAGGGAUAUGAACAAGGACACACAGGUGGACUCAACAAGGAAUGUAGAGGUGGUGAGGCCUAUUGAAAAGAGUGAUGCAGUAGAACAUCAAAUGGAAACUAAAAGUUCCUGUGAAGUGCCCCCUUCACCUGCAGGUGGAUUGGAUGUACUGAACUUGCAGGGUUCUUUGGAUAUGGAUUCAACUACCAGUAAUAUCGAGGCGGGGGUAAUGGAUAUGGAAGGCAUAGAGGUUGAUGAUUUAAAAACGAAUGUACAUGUGAAGGGGACAUUAGAAUUUGCAAUUAAUGUAGAGAAGAUGGGACUCAUGGGAGUCAAGAAAAUUGAAGGAGGUGGUGGAAGUCAAGAUAUUAAAAUUGCAGUAGCUGAAACUGAACCUUUAUCACCUGCAGUUCAGUUGGAUGUACAAGAUGAAGUGCACGGAACAAGGGACGCGAAGGUGACAUUGGAAAUUCGGAAGAAUGUUAAAGAUGCAAUCACAACAGCUGCUGAACCUUCAUCCCCAUCUGCUGAAGUUGGAGUGAAAUUGGAUUCUUCUGCAUUCCCAUCUUCAUCGCCUCUGUGUACACAAGCAGAGCUCAAACUACCUGAUAAAGAAAAGGUGAUUGAAGAGGUUGUUCAAGUUCUAAGGCCAUCUUCAAGCUUUUUGAAGAUAGGGUCUUCACUGGGAAUCCAAGCACUAGAGCCAUCAAGCUUAUCUCUGGUCUUUACCAAGAGCCUGUUUCUCCCAAUCUUCACUGAAACCAAGAUAUCAGACGAAGACAACAACCAAAUACAAAUACUUGUUGUGGGCAAGAACAUGAUCCGUGGAAGCCACCAAAUGGCUCCGAUCUCUCUUCCACACCCGGUCAAACUAGAAAUCGUUGUUCUUAACGGUGACUUUGGAGAUCGAGAGAACUGGACGAGACAGGAAUUCGACAGCAAAGUUGUGAAGGAGAGAAACGGCAAGAGGCCGCUGCUCACCGGAGACCUGAGUGUUACGUUGAGAGAUGGGUUUUCGACGAUCGGCGAUAUUAAAUUUACGGACAACUCGAGUUGGAUUCGGGGCAGGAAAUUUAGGAUUGGUGCAAGGGUGGCUCCGGGGUAUCAGGGUCCGAGGAUUCGGGAAGCCAUGACUGAUGCUUUCGUUGUCAAAGAUGGUCCGGGCCUUGUGCGUGCAGCGUACAAUAAGCAUUAUCCACCAAUGUUGGAAGACGAAGUUUGGCGGUUGGAGAAGAUUGGGAAAUAUGGAGCUUUUCACAAGAGGCUAGCUGCGGAAAACAUUCAUACAGUUGAAGAUUUCUUGAAGAUGUCUGUCGUGGACCCAGUGAAGCUUAAAAAGAUAUUAGGGUUUGGAAUGUCGGAAAGAAUGUGGGAAGCAACUCUAAAGCAUGCGAGAACAUGCGAGAUGGGGAACAAAAUGUACAUUUUUCGUCAUCUUCCUUUCGUGCUAUUCUUAAAUCCAAUAUGUCAAGUGGUAAAGGUUUUCAUAAAUGGCCAAGAUUACCCUACUCGGGAUCUAAGCAACAACAAUAUGGUACGUGAGGAAAGCGCAUGCAUACUGGAGUUCCUUGGAGGCGGCUGAUACAUUGCUUUU